AUGUUCGCUCACAGUUCGCAAGAGGACUGUGGAGCACGCCUGUUUCUAUUGCACAUGCGCGUCACGUCUCCAUGUGAGCGGUUGCAGGAGCGCGGAGCGCAAAAUGUUCGCGAACAUAAUGGAUACCCGGCUUUAUAUGCGGUGAAUGAAAAUGAAAGAAGUAUUAAGGUUACGAUUAGUGUACCUUUGGGCCCUAAACAACCUAUAUUUACAACAAAAGAAGAAGACGAAAUGGUGACAUAUCUAAAACAUGGAAGAACGUCUUUUUGGACUUACAACUCUCGAUCGGCGACGUCUAGCAUAUCAACUGGCUGUGAAAAUAGUAAGACGCACAAUUUUAAUACUGACGAGCAGAGGCAGGGGUUGAUUGGCUCAAAGUUUGCUUUCCACCUCACACAUGACCAUGACCAUGCUGUUUCGGCCUGGUUGAGAUCACACCCACGGCGUUUGGUAGCUGUAUUUCAGAUAAGUGAAAUAUUUGGAAAUGCAUACAUUCAGGCAGCUACAACGUCUACAGCAAUUAACGCAUUCAGAAAGUGUGGCAUAUGGCCGUAUAAUCAAAAUAAUUUUACGGAUGCCGAUUUCAUAUCUACUGCAACUACUUAUAUACAAAAUAUUUAAAACUCGUCUAGUGUAGAGCAAUAGAGAGUUUCAGAAGCCGAAGGGCCUCAGUAUGAGGUAGUUCCAUCUGUGCCUUCAACCACAGUAGCCACGACUGUAUCUUCAAUGUUCAGUACAAUUAAUAUCUAAGGAUCUUUUAUGUCUGAUUCCUAAAUUCGAUGGUGACGUAAAUAAUUAGAAACUCUCAAAGAGCGUGUACAUAAUUAGAAACUCUCAAAGCCCAGAGAGCCCUAUUCACGACACAUACGUAUUUGAUUGUAUAACUAGUAGAGCUGCCGGUUUGGUAAGCGAGAGAGACGAUAUUAUAUGUACCUGGGAACAUUUAAAAACUGUACUUAUUCAACAUUUUAGCGACCCUAGGUCGGAACAAUGUGUAGCCAUUGAAUUAGAAAAUUUAAAAAUAAAAGAUAGGUACUUGCAAUUUUGUAAUAGAAUACAGCAAACCCGUAGCACGCUCUUUUCUAAACUUAAUGUAUUAUCGGAUGAAGGUGUUUAAGCGGCGAAAAUGAUUAUUUAUAAUAGUAUGUGUAGUGUAUGCGCAAACGCAUUGGCGUGGCAGUCGCUUACCGGCCGUAAGCGAGUGAGCACGUGUUCUGGUUUUCGCAUACAUUCACAUUGCUGAGUAUCCAAUAACGUGUGUUUUAUUGGUAUUGGAGUCAUUACAAGUGGCGACGAGGAUAAAAGCUGCCCCAUAAUGCCUCAUGCAUCAUCCACACUUCCCAACUUAGACAAUUUUGAUUGUGAAGGUGAUCCGACAUCCGUCGGCACCCGCUGGGGUAAAUGGAAGAGGGCUCUUGAAAUUUACCUAUUAGCUGCUAACAUCGACACACCUGUAAAGAAACGAGCUACUCUUCUCCAUGUAGGGGGAAUAGCACUUCAAGAAGUUUAUUAUAAUUUACCUGGAGCUCAUGUUGAAGAAGAAGAAAGUGUCGAUGUGUACAAAAUUGCCCUCGACAAAUUGGACAGCUACUUUGCACCAAAACAAAGUCGUAUUUACGAAAGGUACCUUUUCCGUCUAACAAAGCAGGAAGAAGGAGAACAAUUUGAACGAUUCUUGUUAAGAUUGAGAAACCAAGCCGAAAAAUGUCAAUUCGAUAAUAAAGAGGAACAUAUUAUUGAUCAAAUCACUGAGAAGUGUUGCGUAGUUGAAUUAAGAAAAAAUUUUAGAAUUUGGAGAUAAAAUUACUUUAGACGAAAUUAUCAGUAAAGCAAAUGCAUUAGAAGUUGUAGCCAGGCAAUUAGAACAAUUUAAAAUGGUAAAUUCAAAUAAUACGAACAACCCCAACAAAUCGGAAAUAAAUAAAAUAGACAACAAGAGAGAAUAUAAUAAAAAUAUAAUAACAAAAGUGUAAAGUGUACUGUUUAUGUCAUCAGAAAUGGCACACGUGAUUUAUUAGGUAAAGAGACCGCGAUGCAAUUAGGAUUGCUAAAGAUU